UCGAUGACAAACCCGGUUUAAAUUAAACCAGAACUUCAGAUUGGGCAAAAAAGAAAAAGAAAAAAGCUCUCAGCCAUGGCGAUUGCUUCAACAUCCACUGUUAUCUUCUGCUGCGCAAAACCCGAUUUCCGGCGAAUCCCGUCCCUGAGUCGUACAUCUUCUCCGUCUUUUUCUCCUCUCGUAAGUCGGAUCCGGAGCCGUAGCUUAAUCCAUGACCCGAUUUCGCUGUCGGGUCUUAUCGGAACCGGUUUGGUGGCGGCUGCAUUCGUCGCGGCGGGACCGGAUACUAGUGCUCUUGCGGCGGUGGAUUCUCUUCAGCUAAGCGAGCCGGCUAAUGCGUUGUCUUUACCCACUUGGGCCGUUCAUGUCUCCAGCGUUGUCGAAUGGAUUACGGCGAUGGCGUUAGUUUGGAAAUAUGGAGAAAGGAAGGGUUACGAGUCAUGGAAAGGUCUCUCAUGGGCAAUGGUGCCUUUGCUUGGUGGAGCUCUCUGCGCAUGCACAUGGCAUUUCUUUUACAAUGAUGAAUCUCUUGAGGUGUUGGUCGCGCUUCAGGGAGCAUUAACUGUGAUUGGUAAUAUUACUUUGUGCAUCGCUGCCUUUCGAAUCAACAAGUCGUCAUCCAAAUUGGAAAUCUCUGAAAAACCGUGAGGGAUAAACACAUUUCUGUGUUAAGAAAGAAACACAUCCAAGGGAUAUCUGUUUUCCCAUUUCUACAGACAAGAAUCUGAGUGUAGCCUUCUUGGAGAGUCAAAUGGUGGUAAGAGAAACAACUGGAUCGUCAAGAGUAACGCGGGUAGUCAAUAUGGUAUUAGCGGAAAGAUCUUCCUUUAUAUCUCUAAUAAUGAUUACACGAAACAUGUUUCUUGAGCUUUUGUGUAUGUAUAUAUACUUGCAUAAUGUAUUUUUCCUGAUUAUAUUCCUGGUGAGUUAGACCAAUGCAUCACCUUUUAGUGGAGAGAAAGGAGAUACGUUUA